UGAUAGGUAAGAUGUAGGAUAUCAAAACCAUAUUUUACCUACCUGAGAAAUUGGCUAUCGUGGAAUAGGAGCACAAACUAGUAUCCAACUUCAAAGAUGACGUCCAUAGCAAGAACGAGUCUUUUGAGUCUGAUGCUAGUUCUGUGUCUUGUCAAUGUCCCAAUCCAUACGACAAAUCUGGGACAUGUGCGUUUCACCAACUACGCUGCUCUACCUAAUAUGGUAGCGCGCUCAAUAAAUAUGGCGGUCAUGGACCUCGGGAAAAUGAAACAACUGGAGAGGCAGCACCACAUUACAGGAAAUAAUAGGAUGAUGCAUAGCUACCAUAUGGCACACGCAGGCCUCUUUAACGACGCCACAGCUGUCGCGGCAUUGAAUGACAAAAGUUACAUCACUGGCAGAGCGACUAAGGAACUGGCCCGUUUAACAAAUACUCCAUAUCAUCUUCUUCAAACUGAUCCGAAUGUGGUUUUGGAAUGGCGGAGGCAGAUUGCUCCGCAUUGUAACAUGCCGCUAUUGCGAUGUAACCUCAAUUACGCUUAUCGCACGGCCGAUGGUACGUGUAACAACCUACACAAUCCCACUUGGGGAGCCGCCAUGAGACCACACCUACGCUACCUACCGGCGGCGUACGAGGAUGGUAUAAACAUCCCACGACAACUGAGCGUGACUGGCGGAUACCUACACAGCCCCAGAGUUAUCAGUAAUGUCCUUCACAGUACUGGUACAAGUGACCUGGACGAAGGGGGUCGCUCUGUACUGAUGAUGUCCUGGGGCACAUUAAUUGUUUUUGACCUCAUAAAAACUCCCGUGUCAACAGGCCCUAACAAUACUGACAUCACGUGCUGUCCUUCUGCUGGAACUACACCUGGUUCGUGUUUUCCCAUCGAGAUACCAAGAGGCGACCCCCGAUUCACUUCCAACUGUAUGAAUUUUGUGAGAUCUGCAAUGGCACCAAGUCCAUUAUGUGACAUGGGCGUUCGAAAUCAAAUCAAUGAACACACUUCAUACAUAGACGCUUCUAUGGUUUACGGGUCUAGUCAACAAACCCAGAACCGACUAAGAGCGGGUCACGGAGGAUUUCUUAAGAUGGGCCCAAAUGGAUUCCUCCCACCAGCAGAUGAUAGCACGUGCACGUUGUCAGCGCCUGGGGAAUUCUGUUUUGAUGCCGGGGACUCAAAGAAUACUCUAUUACCAUCACUGGCCGCCCUCUACACCGUUUUAGUCAGAGAACAUAACAGAAUAGCUAAACAGGUUCAAAUCUAUAAUCCUUCCUGGUCUGAUGAGAAAGUGUUCCAAGAAACUCGAAAAAUCGUGUCCGCUAUCAUUCAGCACAUUAACUAUAAUGAAUAUUUACCACACGUUAUCAGCGAUGCGGACAUGCAAGUACAUGGCUUGUACUCCACGCCCAAAGGUCACCACACAGUGUACAACCCAAAUGUUAAUCCUACCAUAGCAAAUGUAUUCGGAGCUGCAGCUUUCAGGUCUGGACAUUCCUCGGUCCCUAACACCCAGGGAAUAAAGGACCCACAGACUCACCAAUCAAUUGAAGUAAAAACAGAAUCCACUUACUUUAGACCUGCAUUGCUGUUUGCUGGCAAUGGAAGAGGAGCUGACUGGCUAAACUUCUGGCAGCUGAACUCCAAACAAGCGAGACAAGAUAGAUUUUUACAAGAUGCAUUAAGAAAUGAAUUAUUGGUGAAUGAAAUGGGCGUUGGCUUAGACUUGGCUGCGGUGAACAUUCAAAGAGGGCGUGACCAUGGGUUACCUUCGUACAAUGCCUGGAGAAAAUGGUGUGGAUUACAGCCUGCUCAUCAUUUCGGUGUUAACACGUUGGGACUCAUACACCACGAUGCACCGGCAGCCAUUCUUUUGUCCAAAGUUUACAAACACCCUGAUGAUAUUGACCUGUUCACAGGAGCUUUGUCUGAACGCAAAAUCAGAGGAACUUAUAUUGGGCCUACUUUCUCUUGUAUCAUUGCGAAACAGUUCCAGUUAUUAAAACAGGGAGACAGGUUCUGGUACGAGAAUGACAUCCCAAAUAUUGGUUUAACAGCAGCUCAACUAAAUGAAAUUAAGAAGGUACGACUUUCUCAAAUUAUGUGCCGGAACAUUGGAAUUUCACAAAUUCAGCUUAAUGCAUUCCGAGUGCCAUCUUUACAUAACCCACUGGUUAGAUGUGAUACUCUGCCUACAAUUGACUUGCGUCACUGGAUUGGGAGUCCAAGAACACACUUGCAGUCAUUUCGUUUGAAUACAGGAUUUCUUUUGAACCGUUCUCCUACAGUGCCAAACAACCCAGUGACUCUCUGGAGCGUAUCUUCACGUCCAUACCAAACAAUAUGGCGUUCACUAUUAACCUACCACAAUAUAAAUCCAUCCUGUUGAAUAAAAUUAUUUUUAUGGAAUGA